GUACACUUUACCCAAAAUGGCGACCAGAAUGGCCGUCGCGCUUCCCUUGCUGACCACCUCUGCACUCGGCAUCCUCAUCCUAUGCCGCAAACUCACUAAACGACCGCUCACGGACGAGCAGGAGGCUAAGCUUCAGAAACUCAUUAAGCGGUACAAGGACCAGCUCGUCCCCAGCGCGGAGCGGUUGGCGGAACUGGAGGUCGAAUUUCAGCAGCAGAUGAAGGACGGCCUCGCCAAGCAAAUUACUGUGGACGGCAAGCACAUGAUGAUGCUGCCGACGUACAUACAUCGGCUGCCGGACGGCACCGAGACUGGGGAGUGCUACGCGCUGGACCUGGGCGGCACGAACUUCCGUGUCAUGCAUGUGCGGCUGGGCGCCGGCCGCGGCCAGGUGGAGUCGUGCCAGGUGCGGGAGGUGGCGCUGCCGCGCGAGGUGUACGAGGGCAGCGGCGCGCAGCUGUUCGACUUCCUGGCGGCCACCCUCAAGGACUUCAUCGCGCAGCACAGCGCCGCGGACGCAGACAAGGCGGUGCAGCCGGUGUUGGGCUUCUGCUUCUCCUUCGCUGUGGAGCAGUCGGGGCUGGCGGCCGGCAAGCUGCUGGACUGGACCAAGGGCUUCAAGUGCAGCGGCGUGAUUGGCAAUGACCCGGUGAAGCUGCUGACUGCGGCGCUGGAGCGGGCCGGCUGCCCCUGCCGCGUGCUGGCACUGCUGAACGACACGGUGGGUGUGCUGGCGGCCCAGCGCUACCUGGACCACCACACAGAUGUGGGCGUCAUCAUCGGCACCGGCACCAACGCCUGCUACGUGGAGGACGCCGCCAAGCUGACCAAGUGGCGCCCGCCCGCCGGCACGGGCGCGGGCGGCCGCACGGCCGUCAACAUGGAGUGGGGCGCCUUCUUCAGCCCCAAGCUGCCGCGGUGCAUGGAGGACCUGCAGGUGGACGCCUCCAGCCCCAACCCCGGCAAGUACCUGUUCGAGAAGCUGCUGAGCGGCAUGUUCCUGGGCGAGACCGCCCGCACCAUCACCGCAGCCAUAGCCAAGGAGCUGCCCAGCCUGUUCGCGGCCGCACCCGAGCCGGCGCCGCCCGCGACUGCGGCAGGCGCGGCGCCCGCUGCUGCCGCCCCUGCCAGCCCGGUGCUGCCCGCCCAGAUGUCCACGGCCGGCGCCCUGAGCAGCAAGGACCUUGCUGACAUUGUGGACGACAAGAGCUGGCGGCUGCGCGACACCCGCGACAUCCUGGCGGACAAGCUGGGCGUGCACCGUCCCACCGUGGCGGCGGCGGAGGUGGUGCGGGAGGUGUGCACGAUAGUGGCCAAGCGCAGCGCCGCCCUGGCUGCCAUGGCGCUGCUGGCCAUCCUGCGCUUCAACGGCUGGGCCGCCGCCGCCACCGCAGCCGUCAAGGCCGCAAAGGCGGCCAAGGCCGAGGCCGAGGCGGCCGCUGCGGCGGCGGCGGCCGCCGCUGCCGCGGCCUCGGCACCUGGCGGGGCCCCGGCGGCCGCGCCGGCGGCUGCCGCCGCCGCCGCCAGCAGCGUGCCGGCGCCGCAGACGGUGACGGUGGCGUUCGACGGCGGCGUGUAUGAGGGCUUCGGCAGCUACCGGCACAUGCUGCGGGCGGCGGUGCGUGAGCAGCUGGGCGCGCAGGCGGACGACUUGGCGCCGCUCAUCAGGUUUGAGUUGAGCCACGACGGCUCCUCUCUUGGCGCGGCGGUGCUUGCUGCCGCGGCGGCGGCGGAGGCGCCCGCGGCAGCGGAGGCGGGCCUGCACCUGCCCUCCGCUACUGACGCCAAGGCGGCGAUGGAGUCGGCGCUGGCGGCUGCAAAGGCGGCGGCGGCGGCCAUAAUGGCGGCGCCAGCGGCGGCGGCGGCCAAGGCGGCGGCGGACGCAAAGGCGGCCGGGGCGGCGGCGGUGCAGCAGCAACAGCAGCAGCAGCCGUCGCCGGCGGGGGUGCCGCCGGCGGGCGCGGGCGGCAAGCAGUCGACCUACUACCCCUCGAUCCCCAAGUAGUGUGUUGCAUGCAUGUCCAUUGAAGACGUUCAAUGCUGUUUGUUUCUCGUGAUGCGCCUUGGGCCUUGUACGAUAUCACGAUAUGUCAUGGUGCGGUUGGUGGGCACAGCCUGUGCCAAGGUAAUCGCGCCUGGUGCUGCCUGAACGUGAUCUGGAUUGGUUGCGCGACAUCAGCUGCGGGGAAGGCCUGCACGUGCGCGAACCGAUGCGUGCCACGACCACGUGCGGCACCAGCGGCAACAACGUGCAGUAGCGGCGGGAGGGCUCACAGGCUCGGUUGUGACUUGCAUGACGACGUUUGCAUCGUGGCAGCGUGGGGCUGGUAUGGCGGCUUUGGUGUGGGGCCUUGGUUCGCUUGGGUAAUGCUGCAGGGUGGACGACGCCGAAACCUGCCGCGCCCGGCUCAACGCAGUUGAGUAUGGAGAGGUCAGAGAUGUCGUGAGCUCAGAGCUGACAGGGCUUUGACAGCGAGGACACGAGCAAGGUAAGUGGCUGAAGAUGCAUACAUGGUGCUGGUUUGGGAAGGAGGAACAAGCUUACAUGCCGAAGCGUGCCACUAGAGGCUGUUUGUUGCGUUUGGGGCUUUGGUGUGCCAUGAUAGUUUUGCGUAUGGGAAAUGAUAAUGCAGCAGCGCCCGGCUAUCAGGCGAAGGACAAAACCCGCAAGAAGCGUGUUGCAGGAGGUCGGGUAUGCAGUGUGUUGUGCUGCAUGCAGCAGGCUAGAGGACAGGCUGUUUGGAUAAUUGAAGCAAAUUAUGAGGGUCAGCUGACGCCGCUAACGGCAACAGCGGCGGGCGCCACCGUGCACCGAGUUGCUACGGCUGGCCGGCUGCGCCGUACAAGUUCAAAUUGUGUACAAAAGGCUGCUCGGUUGCUCGCGACUUCUUUCCCUCAUUGCAUAUGUUGCAGUAUAUUGGUACUAGUUGCUUGACACACCGUUUCUGUGACUUCGCUUCUCGUUGCAAUUUGCGAAGCAAGCAUGCAAGUCGCGACUGCAGUCAUAGCUCGGCAGAUGGCCCUCGACCCAGCCUGCUCACCGUGAGUGCUUCAAUGGAUACCUAGAAGCGUUUGGGUUGCGCGGCCUGUCGGUAUGUCUGCGUCUCGUCUGCAUGUCGGUGCUCGCACAGCCGAGUGCGCGAGCAGUCCAAAGCACAUGGGGAAAACAAUCCAGUCUUCGUAAUC